CUUUCUCCUCUCGUGCCCCACCUGUAGUGACUUACAUACUACUCCCAGUCUUUCCUCGGCUUCCACACGUAAAGUCUUCUUCUUCUUCUCCAACUUCCUUCCUUGUCCUUUAAAGGUAGGUGUGGUUCAGUACUACAUCGUCUCUCCUCCUCGGUCUUUCACAUCAACGACAGCACCACUGCCAUCGCGUACCAAACGUCACCGAUGGCAGAGCCAGGUGAUCAGGCGAUCGGCGGCGGCGCCGGUGGCGUAGACGUCGUCAGGAUAAACAGCAAGGUGAUGGUGGCGGCGGCCGUCUUCCUCUUCAUGGUCGUCGUUUUCGUCUUCUUCCUCUACCUCUAUGCCAGGCGCUACUUCCGUCCGAACCCCGCCCUCCGGGGUCGCUCCCGGACCCGCUUCGUAUUCGCCGCGGCUGACAUCGACCCCGCACCUCGCCGUGGCCUCGACGCGGCCGUGCUCUGCUCGCUGCCCGUCACCGUCUAUCGGGCGGCGGACUUCGAGGAGGGACUCGAGUGCGCGGUCUGCCUCUGCGAGAUGGUCGACGGCGAGGAGGCCCGGCUGCUGCCCAAGUGCGGCCACGGGUUCCACCUCGAGUGCAUCGACAUGUGGUUCCAUUCUCACUCCACCUGCCCGCUGUGCCGGGGCCCCGUCGGCGCGGAGCCCUCCGCGAACCCGGAUGCCGGUGCUGAAGCAACGGAAGCUCAACCGCCUGAGACUGUUCGCGAGUCACUGGUGUUCCCGCCAAACCCGUUGUUCUGCGGCGAUCAAGAUCAGGCGAACGCCGAGAAUUCUUCGACUACGGGAGAGGCAGAGGGAGAUGGCUCACCGGAAGGGCCUUCGACUUCUUCAGGCAGCUCAUCGUCGAAGAAGCCACAGGAAGGGCAUCUCGUGAUCGAGAUACCGAGGAGGGUGGUGGACGAGUUCCCGUCGCGAGGCACUCCAUUGCCGUCGAGUAGGUUCGCCAUGGAAGACACGGGGUCGCCUGUUACGGCGAGGUUUAGGUCGCUGCGGAGGCUUUGGAGCCUGGGGGGGAGGACUGCUGGUUCGCCGUGUAGCCCCCGAGUGGGCGACAUCGAACAGGCGUUGGGAGGAGGAGAGGGACGCGCUCUGCCUCCAAAGUCUCCGGCCAACUCGUGAGUCUUGAGGAGCUGCUGGUGGAAAGCUUUGAAGUGAGGGAAAUGGAAGAAGCUGAUGUAUCUCUUUCAGAACUUGAUAUAUGUUUUUGAUCUAUUUGUUGCACACAGGAAAAGAAAGAUUUCACAGAUGUAGUAGUAGAGAUAUUUAUUGUGGUAAAGUGAGGAAGAAUUCUUCUUGUGAGAGACACAUAAUGUGAUAAGCUGAUCUAAAAGCACAUAAUGUGAUGGAUUAAGUACUUUUGAGACACACAGAUGAAUUAAAUCAUGCUCUCUGUUCUUGUGA